GCCCCGCGCAGGCGCUUGGGCGCUUUUCCCGUGGCGCUCCGCGGCGCGGGCGAUUUGGAAGAAUGGCGGGCAGUUGGUCGCCGGGUUGCAAAGGUUGCUCUUCUACUAGCUGUACGUGUGGCGGCGACAAGGGCAAGUGGGGCGACUCCUCCCUGUUAGGCAGGCGGCUCUCGGAGGACUCGGACCGUCACCAGCUGCUGCAGAAGUGGGCCAGCAUUUGGACCUCCUUGAGCGGGGACCCGUCGGUGGCCUGUGCAGAGAGGACGCGGCGCGAGGAGGCUGUGGAGCCGGCCGAGGAGGAGGACAGGCCGCUGGUGUUUCUGUGCUCCGGCUGCCGGCGACCGCUGGGCGACUCCUUGAGCUGGGUGACGAGCCAGGAGGACACCAACUGCAUCUUGUUGCGCUGUGUUUCCUGUAAUGUUUCUGUGGAUAAGGAACAGAUACUGUCCAAACGUAAAAAUGAAAAUGGUUGUGGGAUCUUUGUUAUAACGAGUUGUACCCUGUUUGCUGAAGCACCGGCCUUUCGCUGUUGCAGUGUUCUGGAGACGUUGUACUGCUCUGGGUGCUCGCUCAACCUCGGUCACAUCUACAGAUGCACACCCAAGAGCCUAGAUUACAAGAGAGACUUGUUUUGCCUCAGGGUUGAAGCCAUUGAAAGGCCAGUUUUUCUCUUCCUGCGUAUUGUCUGCACCACAGCAUCCCCUAACCUCAGAGAGCCGGGCACAACAACUUGGACGAUUGCUGUUGAAGUUGCCACAUUGGGUUAUAUUUUAGGGUCCUCGGAAAAGCAAAUCGUGUCAGAAGAUAAAGAACUUUUUAAUCUUGAAAGCAGAGUUGAAAUAGAAAAGUCUCUAAAGCAGAUGGAAGAUGUUUUGAAAGCAUUACAAGCGAAGCUGUGGGAGGUUGAAUCAAAGUUGUCCUUUACCAGCUGCAAAAGCUGAAAUGUCUUCCACGUGCCCCAUUCUGGACUCCCUGCAG